UGCGAGAGCCGCGUCUUAUAUAAACUCUCCACUCCGAGAGGAGCCAGAAGGAGCGCCAGCGACUUUCCCUGCCUGCACCCAAAAUGCACCCGCCAUCCUCCUCUUCCCAGACGCAGGUCGACAAGCGGACGAUGGACGACGAAAAACGAGCGGCGCAGCCCGACCAGCCGUUCUCGCACCACAUAUUCGAGAACGACCCCAAGUCGAGGAUAGCGAUCCGCAUGUACUUCAAGAUCCUGUUUAUGAUCACGGUGCUUAUAACCCUUACGAUCUGGUCCGUCCUGAGCAUCUACUGGGGUGCCAACUGGAGAUUCGAAACGGGCAUACACAAUAUGAACGGAUGGAUCGUCGACUUUGACGGAGGCUCCGUCGGCGCGACGGUCACGCAGGCGUUCAUGAACAACACGGGCCAGAAAGACCAGAUCGACUGGUACACGGUCCCGGCGAGCAUGUUCCCGAACGGGGAGAGUGACGUCGCGGAGGCGAUCGUCAACGAAAGGGCCUGGGCGGCCGUCACCAUACAUGCCGGCGCGUCAAGCAACCUGUCCGCCGCCAUUUCUGCACGGGACGGCAGCAGCUACAACAACCAGGUCGCCAGUGCCUACGCCGUAGAGGCGCGGAACGAAAACUCAUAUGUAUUCUUCGUCGCUCCGCAGAUCCAAGCUCCCCUGGAGCAAGCAGUCGUCGCGUACCCGCAGAUACAAGCGCAACAGCUAGGGUCGCAGGUGAACGACCUGCUGACGAGCGCGCCGAACCUCGUGUUCGCGCCCGUCAACUACACCGUCGUCAACCUGCGGCCGUUCGACAUCCAAGUGGGCACGGCGAUCGACUUCGUCGGCCUGAUCUACAUGCUCAUCCUCUCGUUCAUCGCCGCCCUCGGCAACUUCAACGCUCGCGUGCUCGCGUCCGGUCUCGAGAGGCGACUGACGCUUCCUCGGCUGAUCCUCCUCCGUCUGGUUAUCCCGGUAGUCAUGUACUUCUGGCUUUCUCUGGCGUACGCUUUGCUUAGCAUUUACUUCCACGUCCCCUUCAAUCGCCGAUUCGGCGAUGCAGGAUUCGUGAUCUUCUGGAUGUUGUCCUGGUGUGCGAUGAUGGCACUAGGCCUGGCCAUCGAAGCCAUGAUCACGAUUCUGACACUGCGCUUCAUCCCGUUCUUCCUCGUGCCAUGGAUCAUUACGAACGUCUCCGUCGUGUUCUUCCCGAUCGAGAUCCUGCCUACGAUCUUCCGGUACGGCUACGCGAUGCCGUUCUACAACGUCUCGCGCGCGGUGCGGACGAUCCUGUUCAGGACGCGCGACCAAGUCGGCCUCAACUUUGGCGUCCUCAUCGCGUGGAUCGCGGUCUCACUCGUCACGAUCCCGCUGUUCCAGACGUACGUGCGCAGAAAACAGGUGCGCGAGUGGCGGCGGUCGAUGCACCAGCGGGCCGACGCGCACGUCGAGGACCCGGAGGCGUCGAUCACGACCACGCAGGGCUGAGGUGGUCCCCUUCCACUUCGUUCUGUUUUCUGCUGCACAGCGAUCGUAAGGACAUGGGCUUUGGGUCUCGGGCUGCAAGGUGACAAGCUGUGAUAUGUGUCAAGCGUUUUGCACGAACUGUUAUGUUAUUAAUGCCACUAGACGAUCUGUGUGUGCUCGGUCGCAUAAUUGUAUAAUACCCCACGUUCAUACCAGGCCCCCGGUAUCUAUGUUAUGACCUGUAACGCC